UUAAACUGUAAACGGGGUCUUUUGGUUGCUUUUGUUUGGUGGUGUUUUCAGACUCAUCAGUUAGGGAAGCCAUCUCACAGAAGGCCCCGAGAGAGCGCAAGAGAGCAAGAGGCAACAUGGGAGCUCGCAAGAUGGUCGUCAAGGUGAACAUCCCCUGCGCAAAAUGCCGCGACAAGCUGCUCGGCCAGAUCUCCGCUGUGUCAGGCGUCAAGAAGGUGGAAUCCACCACCGAGUGCUGCCCAGUCUUCACCAUCGUCGGCGACUUCAAGGUGGAGGACAUCUUAAACGCGGCGGGGAAGAAGCGGCGGUGCCUCAAGGUGGAGUCCGUGGAGGAGCUCCCACCACCGCCAAAGCCCAAGCCCGAGCCCAAGCCGGAGCCCAAGCCGGAGCCCAAGCCCGACCCGCCAAAGGCCCCGCCAAAGGAGAUUAUCAUCAGCGAGAAAGGUUGGCCAAAGAAGUUGCCAAACGUUCCUCCCGGUACCAGCCUUGUGAUCGUGGUGGAGAACUUGAGCUUGUGCCCCAAGGAUUUCGACCACCAUGGCGGCGGUGGCCAUGGCUGCGAGUGCUGCGAUAGCUGCUGCUAAGCCACCAUAGUCUCUCUAGUUCUUCCUUUCGUACGCUGGACCGCGCAGUAUAGCUAUGGAGGCUGGCUCUUCUUCUCGCAUCCAUUUCGCGAGUACGAUAUGUCGUGCUUGUUUUGCUCUUCCGGGUUCUCCUCUCCUUCUCGGAAGUGGUGUCGGGAAUAAUAAUCGCGUGUUAGAAAAUGUGGUGGAGAGAAUUCAUACCAGAGUGACUUCUUUUCACUCCCUCCCGGUCACGAUCUGUGAAUCUUAUAAUUCUUUGGUUC